AUGGCGGCAACACCGGGGGGUUAUUCGGUCAAUGUGAAUGAUCCGACUCUCAUCGCACUCGUCAAUAAACUGCAAGAUGUUUUCACAACUGUCGGGGUCCAAAACCCCAUCGAUCUGCCUCAGAUUGUCGUGGUAGGCUCCCAGUCGAGUGGAAAGAGUUCGGUGCUUGAGAACAUAGUGGGAAGAGACUUCCUGCCCCGAGGGUCUGGAAUUGUUACACGUCGACCCCUCGUCCUGCAAUUGAUCAAUAGACCGGCGCCAGCCAAGUUGCAGACGAACGGUGUUACCGAAUCCGAACUCAAAGACUCCUCCGACAAGCAGGCCAACGUCGACGAGUGGGGAGAGUUCCUCCAUCUGCCCGGCCAGAAGUUUUAUGAUUUCAACAAGAUCCGAGAUGAGAUAGUCAAGGAGACAGAAGCCAAGGCAGGCAGGAAUGUCGGCAUCUCACCACAACCGAUCAACCUCCGGAUCUAUUCACCCAACGUCCUGACGCUGACCUUGGUCGACUUGCCCGGUUUGACAAAAGUCCCGGUCGGAGACCAACCUAGAGACAUCGAGAAACAGAUCAAAGACAUGGUUCUUAAGCAGAUUGCAAAGCCCAACGCUAUCAUCCUCGCGGUCACAGCUGCCAAUGUCGAUCUGGCCAACUCUGAUGGACUGAAACUAGCCCGCGAAGUCGACCCAGAAGGCCAGAGAACUAUCGGUGUCCUCACAAAGAUCGAUCUGAUGGACGCUGGCACCGACGUGGUCGACAUUCUUGCCGGGCGAAUCAUCCCUCUCCGACUGGGUUACGUCCCCGUUGUCAACCGAGGCCAACGUGACAUCGAAAACAAGAAACGAAUAGAUCUGGCGCUCAAAGCCGAGAAGGAAUUCUUCGAAAACCAUCCCUCUUAUCGGAACAAGGCUUCGUACUGCGGCACACCGUAUCUGGCCCGCAAGCUUAACCUCAUUCUUAUGAUGCAUAUCAAGCAGACACUACCGGAUAUCAAGACUCGCAUUGCCUCCUCCCUGCAGAAAUAUAGCCUCGAGUUGGAACAGUUGGGCGCUGGCGAUCUUCUGGGCAACAACAGCUCAAACAUCAUCCUCAACAUCAUCACCGAAUUCGCCAACGAAUACAGAACCGUGUUGGAAGGAAACAGCGCCGAGCUGUCGAGCAAUGAACUGUCAGGCGGUGCCCGAAUCUCCUUUGUCUACCACGAGCUGUACUCGAAUGGUAUCAAGGCCAUCGAUCCUUUUGAGCAAGUCAAGGACAUCGACAUACGUACGAUACUCUACAACUCGUCCGGCUCAUCGCCUGCCUUGUUCGUCGGUACUACGGCCUUCGAGUUGAUCGUCAAACAACAAAUUCGACGGCUGGAGGAGCCUUCUUUGAAAUGUGUUUCUCUGGUCUACGACGAGCUGAUUCGCAUCCUGGGACAACUCUUGCAGAAGCAGCUAUUCCGAAGAUACCCCCAACUCAAGGAGAAAUUCCAUGCUGUUGUUGUUUCUUUCUUCCGCAAGUCUAUGGAGCCGACGAACAAACUGGUCAGAGACCUCGUAGCAAUGGAAGCAUGCUACAUCAACACUGGCCACCCCGAUUUUCUCAACGGCCAUCGUGCAAUGGCUAUCGUGAAUGACAGACACAACGCAAACAAGCCGACUCAAGUGGACCCCAAGACUGGCAAGCCGCUUCCACCACAGGUGCCGCCGAGAUCGGGGUCGCCCAGCUUGCCUACCGAUGGUUCGGAAACCAACUCUGGUUUCUUUGGCUCUUUCUUCGCUAGCAAGAACAAGAAGAAGAUGGCAGCCAUGGAACCGCCGCCAGCCACGCUCAAAGCAAGCGGAACCUUGUCAGAACGGGAGAACCAGGAAGUAGAGGUGAUCAAAUUGCUGAUCAACAGUUACUUCAAUAUCGUGCGGAGGACGAUGAUCGAUAUGGUGCCCAAGGCAAUCAUGCUGGCCUUAGUACAGCAUACAAAAGAUGAAAUGCAGCGGGAAUUGCUUGAACAAAUGUACAGAACACAGGAACUCGACGACCUUCUGAAGGAGAGCGACUAUACCAUCAGACGACGCAAGGAAUGUCAACAGAUGGUGGAGAGCCUGGCCAAAGCUAGUGAAAUUGUCAGCCAGGUGCAGUAA